ACACUUGAGUAACCUACUUGAACCGGCCGGCUCACUACAAGACAAUCUCUCACUGAAACGGGACCUAUUUUGUUAAUACAAACGAUAACAAGAGAAAAAUAUAUAUAUACUGAUAGCGUAUCGGUAGAACGUACCCAACAGCGGCAGUCAGCUUAGUGAGUUUACUGUGGACUGUGGAGUAUCACCAUGCUAUAUUCACUCCUGCCAUGGCUGUCAAACAACUUCACCACCGUUUUAUCCUUUUUGGUGGUACUAUGGAUCGUGAAGAAGUUUGUCAUGUCAACACAACAUAGAUGGUUCGCCUACGUCAUGCAUUUCUGCACUAAGGACGAAUUUCCUAAGCUAGAGGAGGUAAAGAGGGACCAUUUCGCCAGCCUCAAGAACCAUGUUUCUCAUGACCCGGAACUUCGUAAAAGGAAGGUCAUUAAGAUUCUCGAGAUCGGCGUCGGAACAGGCGUUAAUUUCGCUCAUUACCCCGACGGCUGCAGGUUAGUGGUAGUAGACCCUAACCCACACUUCCAGGAAUAUUAUAAUAACAAUAGAAAGAAGUUCCCAAACAUUCAUUCUGAGGACAUUCUGGUGGCAAAAGGGGAUGACAUGCACAUGAUCGAGGACGGGAGCGUGGAUGCUGUGGUCAUCACCCUUGUCCUCUGCAGCGUCGAUAACAUAGACCAGAUUCUGAAGGAGGUUCGGCGUGUCCUGGCGCCCGGUGGCAAGUUCUACUUCAUGGAACACGUGCAAGAGUUCGACCUGAAGAAGUACAGUCUCCGGAAGAAACUGCAGGACUUCUUCACGUGGUGUGGUCUGUGGCCCUUCAUCUUUGACGGGUGCUGCCUGAACCGAGACCCGAUGCCGGCGAUCGAAAGGGCGGGUUUCACGAAGGUCGAGGUGGACCGUUAUUACGCCCCGGUGCCCAAUUUCCUCUUCUGGGUCGAGAUGCCUAAUGUGAAGGGCGUGGCUACGAAGUAAGGGUGUGUGUGUUUGUGUGUGUGUGUGUGUGUG